UUCAAGAUUUCGAUUCGUGUGUGCUAAGUUUGCCAUCUGGCAGUUUGAAUUGUUUCGUAUCUUCUCUUAAAAUUUUGCGUUGUUUUUCCUCUUGAUUAGCACUCGUUGACACUUUACGACUUUACUAUGCCGUCAUGAUGUGGUGUGCUUAGCAGUAACAGUAUGUCUAUUAAAAUAAAUCUUGAGUGGACUUAAUGUCUUGCAUGAGUAAAACAUAUCGUCGAAGACUUAUUGCCAUGAGGAUGUCUUACAGUGGAGUGGAAUGGAUUCGAUCCGGGUUCUCUACGUUGAUUCUGUUAACAUUUGUGUUAGUGGUGGUACACUUUUUACCCAAACCGAGUUGGAUUUGCGCUGUAAAUAUGGAACGUGACGGAUACCCGAAAGUGAUGGGUGAUGCUGUUCGGUUUAGGAAUGUGUCGUCUGUGAAUUAUAUCGACCCGGAGUUAGCCAGAGUUGGUGCUAUGUUUCAAAUUUACACCAAAGAAAACGAAAAUCGAGUUCAUUCAGCUUUAUCAGACAAUUCGGGAAAUUCCGGUGUUCAUGUUUUUAAACUAUUAAAUUUUAAUUUUUCUAAUUUUGGUCGGACUUGGUUAAACACGCCGCAUCGAAAAAUCUGGACAACUUCAGGCAAGUCUAAAUACAACGGGCGAUUUAGUCUUGAGAAACUGAGGAGCAAGCAAAAGUUGCCAGAUUGUGUUAGGAUGAAGGUUUCCCCAGACGCCACACCGACCAAAAUAUGUGUUCACUACCCAAAGGACGAUAACUUCAUCUCUAAUAGGUUACGGGACUUUGGCGAAUGGGAAUAUGAUUUUGUCUUCCAGUUGGCUGAUUUUUUUACUGUAAAUCCAAACGCCCAGCUAGUAGACCUAGGAUGCAACGUUGGCGUCUUUACCUUAUUCGCAGCAAGCCUGAACAAACCGGCUUUAGCCGUCGACAUCCUACCGUCCAAUCUGGCCCUCAUUCAGUUGUCCAUAGCAACCAACGACGAGUACCUGGCCAAAAAGAACGACGAAAUCAACGAGUUUUUAAAAUCGGCCAUCGGGGCGCAUCGGUUUGAGAACCGUUCCAUGUUUUCUGAGCUGGUCACAACCCUUCACAACGCCAUCCACAGCAGACGACAGAAGAUGUACGUUUAUUUAAAAGAUGGAGACGGAAAUUUAGGCGGAACGGAAGUCAAAGAAUUGAACAUUGUUUCGAACAACGCGUCUUUGGCAGAUGAGAAUAAACGUUUUGCAAUCGACGGUUCUCAAAUUGUAGUGGAUGCCGUGUGUCUGGAUGAUUUGAUACCAUACGUCCGGGCGAAUAUGAGUGUUUUUCUAAAAAUGGAUAUCGAGGGAUCCGAACCGGAAGCUUUAGAUUGUGCGUCUAAUUUCUUUAUGUAUGUUGAUGUGAAAGUGAUCCUCAUGGAGAUAUUGUUUCAUCGGUAUUCGGAGAAAGGAAGAACAAUGGCGCAGUUUCUCAUCAGGCAGAACAUGAUGCCGUCUGCUGACAUGAGCGGGAGGGAGGCGUUGAACCCGGAUGUUGAUGCCAUGCAUCUUUGGCCAGAAAAUAUGUUUUGGGUGAAAUUUCGUUAAACGAUCAUAAGAAACAAAGGCAACUUCAUGGACAAGAUAUUAAAAAAAAAACUCGGAAGACGGUGAUCCUCACCUGAUGAUUCUCUGAUGAUUACCAUGUCUUCAACGAUUCCAGAACUAGCCUGGUACUUCUUUAGCAAAUGGAAGGAGAGGAAGAAUUCCUCUAACUCAACAAAGAGACAUGUUUAACACUUAUUUUUAAACAUAUGCGGAAGUCGAAUUUCGAAGGUAGUUUUGUUACUCGAUUGACCAAA